AUGAAGAAGUUUGGGAUGGAAAAUUGCAACAGCAUUGAUACUCCUAUAGCUCAAAAUGAAAAAUUGAGCAAAGAAGAUGGUUUUGAGAAGAUAGAUUCUGGAAUUUACAGAAGUGUGAUUGGCUAUUUAUUGUAUCUCACUGCAUCCAGACCUGAUAUCAUGUAUGCAAAAAGCUUAUUAUCAAGAUUCAUGCAUGAACCAAGCCAAAAUCACUUCAAAGCUGCAAAAAGGGUUCUCAGGUAUGUGAAAGGAACCAUUGAUCUUGGAAUCUGGUUCAAAAGUGGCAUGGAGGCAAAGCUAGUUGGCUAUGCAGAUAGUGAUUGGGGUGGCUCAAUUGAUGACAUGAAAAGCACUUCAGGUUUUGUGUUCUCUAUUGGUUCAGGAGUCAUCAGCUGGAGCUUAAAGAAACAAGAUGUUAUGGCUCAAUCCACUGCUGAAGCAGAAUAUAUUUCUGCUGCUGCUGCUGUGAAUCAAGCAAUUUGGUUCAGAAAAAUUAUGAAGGAUUUGAAGCAUGAUCAAGAAGAGGCUACCAUCAUUUUUUAUGAUAAUCAAUCAGCUGUAGCAAUGGCUAAGAAUCCUGUCUUUCAUGGGAAAACCAAGCAUAUUAAGAUUAAAACCAAACUUAGCAAUGGCUAA